CUUACAAACACUGCAAGCUAACUGUUACCUAUUAGCCUGCUGCUGCAGCAGUAGUUGCAUAAUUUUCUAUAAACAAAUUGCAUAAUGCUCCAUUUAGUUCGCCCCGUCUGUGAUUGGUUGUCUUCUUUUAUUUCCCUUCCCUCUCGACUUCGAAGGUCUGCUCUUUUGGCUGAUCAGGAAACUCGGAAAACAAGCGAAUGCAUUCGCGACUAUAGCGAGAGUACGUUUUCUCUCUUUUCCGUCAAGUGUGUCCUUCCCAGGACAUCUGUAACCAGGAAGUAAAGUCUCUGGGGCGGCUGUAACUCACAAUGCGUUCUUUAGGAUCAGGACUUUAAAUGCAAAACGGAUCGUGUCAUGAUUGACGUCGUAGCUCGGUGAACUUGGUCAUGUUGAGGCAUUACGUGAAAGUCGUGCUGAUAUGACAUGUGCUUACUUCAGCUCAGGAUGAGUAAAGAAUUGGAGGAGCUUUCUCCCCUGGACGACUCGGGACACGGUGAUGGCUCUGAGGAAGAAACAGAGGAGGAUGAUGAGCCCAAAAUUUGUCAAGUAUGCGGCGACAAAUCCACAGGCUACCACUUUAACGCCAUGACCUGUGAGGGCUGCAAGGGCUUUUUCAGGCGCGCCAUGAAGCGCCCCGCACAGCUCUGUUGCCCGUUUCAGAACGCCUGCGUCAUCACUAAGAGCAACAGGAGACAGUGCCAGUCCUGCAGACUCCAGAAAUGCCUCUCAAUCGGCAUGAAGAGGGAACUGAUCAUGUCGGAUGAGGCCGUGGAGAAGCGGAGGAUGCAGAUCAGGAGGAAGAGGAUGCAGGAGGAGCCUGUAACGCUCUCCUCUCAACAGGAAACUGUCAUACAGGAGCUGCUCACUGCACAUCACAAGACCUUCGACAUGACUUGCACCAACUUUAUUCAGUUCCGGCCGUUAGAUCGCGAUCAGAAAUCCAUUUCUGAGGAUGGUCUAGAACCACCACACAGUGGCAGGGUCUUUCACGCAGCCAUGCACAAAACACUGUCUGAAGAUGCACUGCCACAGAACAUCAGCUUUUCCUCGCCCUCGACCCCUUCCUCCAGCUUUCAGAGUCCUCAGAGUAAAGAGCGGAAGCAACAUAAAAGUGUCAUUUUCACUACUCUGCCACAUUUUACAGACCUCACCACGCACAUGAUCAAGAAUAUAAUCAACUUCAGUAAAACACUCGCAAUGUUCAGAGCUCUGAUCAUAGAGGACCAGAUCGCGCUGCUGAAAGGCGCCACCUUUGAGAUCAUUCUGAUCCACUUCAACAUGUUCUUUAAUGAGGUGACGGGCAUCUGGGAGUGCGGCCCGCUGCAGUACUGCCUGGAUGACGCCAUGAGAGCUGGCUUCCAGCGCCAUCUGCUGGACCAUAUGAUGAAUUUCCAUUACGCUCUGCGCAAGCUACACUUACAUGAAGAGGAGUAUGUGCUGAUGCAGGCCAUCUCGCUCUUCUCCCCAGAUCGCCCCGGCGUGACACAUCACAGCAUCAUCGACCGCAACCAGGAAAUAGUAGCACUCACCCUGAAGACCUACAUUGAGGCCAAGCGGUCCGAGCCAAAUAAACAUCUGCUGUACCCAAAGAUCAUGGCGUGCCUGACCGAGAUGAGGAGCAUGAAUGAAGAGUAUACAAAACAAGUGCUGAAAAUCCAGGACAUUCAGCCUGAUGUGUCUCCGCUUUUACUGGAAAUAAUAAGCAAAGACAGCUAAGCCUUCACAGAGCAGAUGAGACUCUCGCUAGGACGGAAAUACAGUCAAAACCAGCGGGGACGAGGACUGUGCCUACUGAUAAUGAGCUACUGAACUGUCUGCAGCACACAGGGAUUGUGAAAUUGUAUUUUUAUAAUUGUGCUACUAAAUGUAUCUGUGUUCCAGGAACCUUUUCACAAGAGAACUAUUUCUUUAGUUCAUAACCAGAUGUAGGAUGACUCGAAUUAUCUCUAAGAUUCAUUGCAAUGAUGAAGCUUGAAAUGUGGGGUUAGAUUGAGAUUCAACUCUCUUUUCCCCAGUCUGCAGUGUGUAGAGAGGAGAUGCUGGAAGAGAACACUAUUAUGGCUAGAAACGACAAUGUGAUGCAUAUUAGUCCAUUUGUGUUCGUAGUCUGUCUCUUGACAAACCUGUUUAUUUAUUGUUCGUUUUUAAAUGCAAAAUAGUUUUAUAAGUGAACCGCUGCGAGGUAGGCUAUAUGUUGUGUUCAGGUGAUGUAAAAAAUAUGCAUAUAUAAUAUCAGUGCCGAUGUCCAAUGUGAGAAGCUGUAUUUGAUUCAAACCUUUUCCAGACUAGAAUGUAAACGGAGUUAAGAAUCUCAUAAAGAACGUGUUCAGGGUUUAGUUUACUCUACCUAUUUAAAAACAUGCUUUGCAUAAUCAUUUUUAAGCACAAUCAUUAGCCAUUAUUAUUGCCAUCACAAAUAAUUGAUAUUUAUGCUAAUUUAAUUAUACUAAUGAGAAUGUUUGUUUUUUUUUGCAUUAUGGAAAUGAGA